UUUAAAUUUUGACUGCAGACAAAAUUUUGCAUGUAUAAUGUGAAAAUGAGUAUGUGCAAACAUCUUACCAAAAGUCUAGCCAGUGUAAUAGCAAUAUUGUGAAUUAAAUGUGAGUCGAAGAAAACAGAAACGCGAAGCAAAGUAAAAAGUGCAGUCAUGAGUAUAAAAUUGUUCUACAAACGCUACGAAUGCAACCAUGUAAAACCAGCGGUAGUUGGUAAUCGGAAACGUCGUAAAUAUUCUACAUCAACUGAAAAAUCUUUAGACUCAGUUCGAAAAAAACCAAAUAUAGAACUGAGUUCCUCUCCUCACUUGCUUACAGUCGAGGAUCUUGAGCAAAUGGGUAUAAAUAUGUUGGAUUCUGAGGAGAGUGUGUCGUCAAUUGCUUCAGCAAUUGGUUUAACCUUAUCAACAAGUCCUGAUGAAAAUUCUAAUGAAGCUACACCCAAUUUAGAUGCUCCAAAGUAUCAAGUUCGUAGUUACAAUAGAAACGACACGUUGGACAUAUCUACUGAUAGUAAUAAUUCUACUUUGGUAGAAUGUAGCACUACAAAGAAAUCAGGGUUACUACAAUAUACAAACAAUAAUUUACAAGACAUAGAAACACAUAAUAACAAAGUCCUUGAAAAAAUUCAAGAUCCUCUACAAAGAAAAAUUUCUGCAUUAAGCACUGAAACAAUUAGAUUUAGUUCCGGAGUAGGAACUGCAUCAAGCGCAAAUAAUAUACAUUCACCUGCCAAAAACACUCGUAGUCCUUUAGCGACUGUCGUUUGUAACAAUCAAAGAACUGGCUCUGAUAAAGUGCAACCAAAUGAAUAUCAUACAGCAGAGAAUUCACCAAACAAGACCAAACGACCAGACAAUUCACAAAAAUGUUCUUGCAUAUCAGUAUUACCUUCCACAAGUAAAGCUUUAAGAAAACAUCAAGAGGUAUUAAUGCAAAAAAGACAGCAAGAAAUUAAAGACGCUAAUUUAAAAAAUCGAGAUUUCUUUAUGUUUCGUAGUACAGAACAAAAUUCAACCAAUUAUUUUGGCUUAAUGUCAGAUGAAAUAAUUCUUCAAAUUUUUAAGUGGUUGUCUAAGAAUUCAUUACUGAAUUGUAGUAUUGUAAAUCAACAGUUCAAUCGUUGCGCACGUGAUGAAAUGUUGUGGGCACGUUUGGAUUUGGGUAAUCGAAAAUUACGACCAGGUGCAGUAGGACAUAUUUUAAGUAGAGGCGUGGUCGUAUUACGUUUGUCACAAACUGAUAUAUGUUCUCCAAUUUUUGAUAAUAAUUUUUUCUCUAAAGACAAAAAUCUUCAAAAUAAAAUACAAUAUUUAGACUUAAGUUUGUCAUCAAUAAAAAAACCAGAUCUUAAGCAAUUAUUGGCACAAUGUAAACAGCUUAAAAAGUUAAGUCUUGAGUUUGUGGCUGUAAAUGAUGACAUUUGUAAUAGUAUUGGGCAGAACACAAAUUUGGAGGCUUUGAAUUUAGCAAUGAGUUCUGGUAUCGAAGCUUGGAGCAUGCGAAAGCUUAUGGAUUCAUUAAAAAAGCUAGUCAGUCUUAAUAUAUCAUGGGCAAAUCUAUCGGUUGAUGCUGUAACUGCACUUGUCACUAAUGUGACACCGAAUAUCUUACGUCUUAAUAUAGCUGGCUGUCGCAAGAAUAUAUUUGAUUCUCAUUUAAAUACAUUAAUUAAGCGUUGUACACAAUUAUUGGAAUUAGAUUUAUCAGAUUGCACCGCACUAACAGGUUCAGCAGUCUCAAAUAUAUGUAAGUCAGAUAUGCUGGAAUAUGUUUCGUUAUCAAGAUGUUAUGGCAUACCUUUGGCAUCUUUUAUGGAACUCACUUCAUUACCUACACUAAAAUACUUGGACGUUUUCGGUAUGCUAAAUGAUUCACAUAUGAAAUCAAUGGAACGUGGGUUUCCUUCAAUAUCAUUUAAUAAAUUCGUGAAUAGUGCUGUGGCUAGACCCACAGUUGGUACAAAAAGAACAUCAAUUUGGGGUUUAAGAACAAGAGAUUAAUUACAUAUAUUAUUUUUAUUGUCUGCUGUUUUAUUUCAAACAAAACAAUUAAAAUUCAAGGAUUUUAAAACUAAAAUU